AUGGCGCCGAGCGCGAAUCUUGUGACGCGGCCCGGCUCGGUGCGGAGCUACAUCACGGUGCAGAAGUACGGCAGGGACGAUGUGCUCACGCACUUGGAUGCGUAUCACGCGACGGUGAUGAGCACCAAUUGGGCGGACUACUUGAACCUGGUCUACUCGGUUCCCUUCUGGGAGGCGGAAUUGGAGAAGCUGACAAGCGUGGUGCAGCCCUACCUGCAUGAGAAGGAGGUUGGCGCAAAGUUUGCGGAAGUGCAGGAGAUGAUGGACGUGUUCUAUGAGUGCGAGGACGUCCGUGACCACCUCAACGAGCUGGCAGAGUUGGCGACCCGCGCCUCCGGAUUCAUGGGCACAGGAUUCCAAGCAGAGGAGAAGGUGGAGAACAUGGACGACCAUGCGAAGCAGUGCGCAGAAGCCUAUGGCAAGCUCUUGGAGAAGCACCCGGACUUCAAGCCGAAGAUCGAGCAGACCGUUGGGCACGGCUUGGCCAUCCUUCGGCAGAAGCACAAGUUCAAGUUCGGCAGCAUGCACCGCUACUUCUACUGA